AUGGGCGACAAUUCUACCGCUGGAUCAGUUACCCCUCUGCAGCCGUUCAAUGUUGCUGACAUUAUUGUCAUCGUGGCUUAUUUUGCCUUGAAUGUGGCUGUGGGAAUAUGGUCCUCGUGCAGGGUGAAUAGGAAUACGCUCAGUGGCUACUUCCUUGCUGGCAGGAGCAUGGCAUGGUGGCCUAUUGGCGCCUCCCUCUUCGCCAGCAGUGAAGGAUCAGGGCUCUUUAUUGGACUGGCUGGGACUGGAGCUGCUGGGGGCAUUGCUGUCACUGGCUUUGAAUGGAAUGCUACCUAUGUCCUGCUGGCAUUGGCCUGGGUGUUUGUACCAGUCUACAUCUCCUCGGGGAUCGUCACCAUGCCAGAGUAUCUCCAGAAACGGUUCGGAGGGGAGAGAAUCCGGAUGUACCUCUCAGCCCUGUCACUCCUGCUCUCUGUCUUCACCAAAAUAUCAACAGAUCUGUACUCAGGGGCCCUGUUUGUACAAGUUUGCCUAGGCUGGAACCUCUACCUCUCCACCGUCCUGAUGCUGGUGGUCACAGCUCUCUACACCAUCGCUGGUGGGCUGGCAGCUGUGAUCUACACUGACGCGCUGCAGACGCUCAUCAUGAUCAUCGGCGCCGUCGUCUUAGCAGUAACAGCGUUUAGCAAGAUCGGAGGAUACCAGAACCUGGCAGAGGCUUAUUUAAAGGCUGUUCCGGCCAAGAUUAUCCCCAACACAACAUGUCACCUGCCCAGAGUGGACGCCAUGCACCUCUUCCGAGAUCCCAUCUCCGGAGACCUCCCCUGGACUGGCAUGACUCUCGGGCUGUCUGUCUUGGCCACUUGGUACUGGUGCACCGACCAGGUCAUUGUGCAGAGGUCUCUCUCGGCUAAGAACCUGAGUCAUGCCAAGGCCGGCUCCAUCCUGGCGAGCUAUUUGAAAAUGCUGCCGCUGGGGGUUAUCAUCAUGCCCGGGAUGAUCAGCCGGGUUCUCUAUCCAGAUGCCGUCAGCUGCGUCGAUCCCGACGAGUGCGUCCGAGUGUGCGGGUCCGAGGUGGGCUGCUCCAACAUCGCUUACCCCAAGCUGGUGGUCGAACUGAUGCCCAGUGGUCUGCGAGGGUUAAUGAUUGCAGUAAUGAUGGCUGCCCUGAUGUCCUCCUUGACCUCAGUAUUCAACAGCAGCAGCACCCUCUUCACCAUGGACAUCUGGAGGAAGAUCCGGAGGAAUGCCAAGGAGCGGGAGCUGCUUCUGGUGGGAAGGAUAGUCACAGUGGUUCUGGUCGCCAUCAGCGUGGUCUGGAUCCCCAUCCUGCAGAGCUCCAACAGCGGCCAGCUGUACAUCUACAUCCAGUCUGUGACAAGCUGCCUAGCUCCGCCCAUCACAGCUGUGUUCGCCCUGGCCGUUUUCUGGAGACGAGCCAAUGAGCAGGGAGCUUUCUGGGGCCUGAUGUUGGGGCUGGCGCUAGGCCUGGCUAGGAUGGGGCUGGAGUUUGCAUAUCCUUCACCCCGCUGUGGCAUCCCGGAUGAGCGCCCCUCCCUCGUGAAGGACGUUCACUACCUCCACUUCGCCGUCCUCCUCUGUGCUCUGACUGCUGGCGCUGUGGUGGGGAUCAGCUUGCUGAGCAGGCCCCCCGCCGAGAUGCAGAUAAAGAACCUCACCUGGUGGACCAUUUCCCGGGGGCUCCCCAGGGGGCGAAGACUGAGGGACACCCAGCAAAGGCUCUGAGGGACACCACAGACCCCCUUCUGGGCUAGGAUCUGCUGCAUCAAUGCUGUGAUCCUGAUGUGUGUCAAUGUCUUCUGUUAUGCCUAUUUCGCUUAGCCCUACUGCAGCCAGGUGG